AUGCGUAGGGAUUUUCUUUGGGGUGCGACGCCGGAAAAGGAUAAAAUGAAAUGGGUUUCAUGGAAAAACACAAUGACUCCAAUGGAUUUUGGGGGUAUGGGUUUCGGUUCACUUCAAAUGGCGAACUUGGCCAUGCUCUCUAAAUGGUGGUGGCGAUUCAAGACGGAUAGAGGGAGGUUGUGGAGGAAGGUCGUUUGGGCAAUUCAUACCUUGUUUCGGGUGUCUCCGGGUAGACAAAAGGAAGUUAGUUUUUGGAAAGAUAGAUGGCUUUUUGAGGAGCCUUUAUGCAAUAAAUUCCCUCGUUUAUUCAGCUUAGAAAGUAAUAAAAAUGCUAUGAUUUCGGAGCGUGUGUCUGAGCCGAAUGGGUCGGUGGUCUUAUCCACAGCCUGGUCUAGAGAGCCUCAUAGCUUUGAAGAGUGUUCUGAGUUUGAUGCCCUUAUUGCAGCAGUUCAAUCAUAUGGGUUCGGGAGUGGGGCUGAUCGGUGGGAGUGGGUUUUGGACGCAAAUGGCGAAUUCUCGGUCAAUAGCAUCCGGAAAAAAGCUGAAAGUUUACUUUUCUCAGACCUCGGAUUGGAGUUUGAAUGGAAUAGUUGGACUCCGAUUAAAGUAAAUUUCUUGAUUUGGAGAAUUGUUCAAGAUAAAGUACCUACAAUCAUGGCCCUUGCAAGAAGGAAUAUUAAUGUCCCAGAUGUUCGAUGCAAACUGUGUGGAGACGAGGAAGAAUCAGCGCUGCAUUUAUUCGGUACGUGUAGAAUUACUAAUCAGAUUUGGGAGUUUAUAGUGCAUUGGUGUCGGAUACGUCCUAUAUAUGUGUUGGAACUCAAAGACUUAGCCGCUAUACACAAGAGAAAUAGGGGGUCAAAUAGAUGGAAGAAGGUGGUCUAUAUGGUGAUACAAACUGCACUGUGGGUUAUUUGGAAACACCGGAACGAUGCCGUCUUCCAUGACAAACAGAUUAAUGUGGCUCGGAUAAAGGGGAAAGGACUCAACUCUUAA